ACGGUACGGUAGGUGAAAAUGAGCCGAAACCGCAUUUGAAUAGCCCGGCACAGAAUGUUAAGCUUACAAAAUGAAAUGAUUCAAAAACCACCUUCAGAGAUAUUUCAUUCAUUAUCCGCACCGUUUUUCGAAAUGUUUUGAACUGUUUGUCGUCAAUUUUACAGUGGAUUGCUUUGAGGCAAACUUCUGAUAAUUUUUUUUUUUCUAUCGUUCUUCUAUAUGAGAACCUUUAAUUAUUGUUCAAUGCAUAGGUUGUUUAUGUUGGACAUCUUAGUCAUUUCGUUUGAUUAUAUUCUUCCAUCCAAAUGCGUAUUUGUGACAACCUUAUAUGCGGAACUAAUCGAUCUAUUCUAUAUUUCUGUUUAAUUUGAGAGCUGUAGAAAACAUUUCAUAAAACGGUGUUUUAAUCAUGGAAAACGGUCACAUUCGAUAGUCAUGAAAACACGCGGUCAAAAUCAUGAGUAACAGAGCAUCAAAGUAGACACAUGCACUAUAGAUACCGAUAAGAUAUUAAACCCCUGGUCGGCAGCAUGCGAUGGCGCCAAGAAACAGUUCAUGGAAACCUACAAACGCCCACACAGAGAAACUUCUUGGCUGAAGUUAAAAUACAGGGAAGCUAUUUUGAGUCUGUGAGUGAGACAAAGAUUCAAUAACAACAAAAAUACGAAAACAUACCGGAAAUUCCUAAAUCGAUUCGCAUUUCGAUGUUUUGAUCAUUUCCCAUCGCGUAUAGCCCUCUUCGCAUCAUCAAAGAAGCCUGUACAAGAUCACUGUUAAAAGUACGCCUCACAAACUUGGACAGUGGGUAAACCACCAACUGAUGAUCUACAUUCUCCAUACGAUGCAAACGAUAUUCAGGAGAAUAAUUCGUGAUAUAGAAUGGGAAACAAUGGAUUUCUAAAAUGCGUUCUUGAGUUCUGUUUUCUUCUUAUCAGUACUAUUACGCUUCGUUCGAUUUUUUUUUCUUAUUUCGUGACAUGUUUAAUAAAAUAUGUCUCCCAAAACUCCGAUAUUCUUGUCCAUUUUCUUAGUGCUUUUGGCCAGAAAAGGAGCAGAAGGUCGUUUAAAAUAUGCAGCUAGGUUUAAUGAUUAAUACGAAACACAAUCAUCCCGAUUGAAUGCAAACGCACAGACGGUGAUAAACAAUGACAGAGUAAAGUAAUAUACCAUAUUAACAAAGCAAAGGAUCAGAAAUAGCGGAAAAUUAGCACAAAAUUCCGAAACACUCACACUACACCCUCCAAGCCAAUUGGGGGAGAGGCGGUACGAAUUUUAUGGAAAAAAAUGUUUGAAAAAAAUAGCGGGCGAAGGUGAAAGGUCAGCCGAAAUCCGUUCGAAGUGCAAAUGAUAGCAAAGCCUCGGGCUCUGAAAUCUUGAUAGUGUGAUGCAACUAACCAAUGUAGACAGCAUAGGCCACCACAGGACACACCACAUCCCAUAAACUAGCAGCUAGCAACUCCAUGAUACACGCAAGACCGAAGGGAAAUCCUCCGCCCACUUGUGUUUAAGCAGCUGCAUAGAGGGGGGAACGGUAUCGGUACCAAUUUAUAUGAUCGUAACUUGUGUAAGUUAUGUAUGCGGCGAACGGUGGGUGAACCGUGUAUGAACGUGUAUGUCCAUCUCUUAAGUGGAGAAGAUACGCGAACAAAAUCGAAAUCGAAUAAAAACGAAAAAUGAUAACACUGAAUCGAGACAAUAGUGCUUUCCUUCAUCUCCGUAGGUAUUAAGCAUAGCGUUGGAUCUAGUACAUAGAAGUAGUGUGUCACCCUGAAUUAUAACAAGCACAUUGCACAGCAAGCUAUGAGGGGUAUACGUUUAUUUUUUUUCGCUUAAUUCAGUGCCAAUAACCGUAUACGUAGUAACUUUAGCAGUUUUUCGAAAUUUUGAAACAAGAUUUAAUUCAUUAGUGAACAAAAUGGACUGUGAAAGUGUUCUGCUAAGCGCUUUCAAUUGAUAUUGCGGCGACGAAAAUAAAUAUAGUGGUUUUGACUAUUGUUUUUUUCAGUUCAGAGUAUUUGGGUGAUCAUUUUUCGAUACACUCAGAGGCUGGUUGUGGUACGUUACACAU